AAACAUGAUUUUGUAUUUUCGUGUGGUACAUGAUAUAAUAAAGUUUAUUAUAUCAUGGUGUGCCGUGUGGUAUACAUUCAUAAUACAGUUCAAUAAUUCAUGUUUUUACUUUUUAGUCGUUUAACAGUUUCCUCAGUUAUUGAAACCAUUUAAGUUAGGUACCGAGUAUAAUUUUUCAUAUUUUUACGAAUUUACCAGUAUAAUAAUGGUAGUCGUUGACUAUACAAUCCACGAUCGCCUCCGACGUAAUGACCACGAUCAGAAUGGUGAUAAAAGUCAACAAUUAUUGCUAGAUGAAGAUGCUGUGGUCGAUUUCGCCAUAGCAAACUUUUGUCCUCGACUACGUGAAGCCAUAAGCGCUCUUUCACGGCAUAAAGUUGGUCCAUUACAACAACGCGUGCAUUUAUCAGAUUUUCAAAGUUCUACCUUAUCUUCUUUACCGACAGAUGAUCUUAGUUCUAAUACACUACCUUCUCGCAACGACAAGUUUGUCCUUUCCUUACCAUAUUUAUAUGAAGAAAAUUCACCAGUAUCCAGUCAUAAUUUUAUGGUACGAUGGUCUAUAAUAGCACAGUGUGGCCGUCCAGAUAAGGCUCCCGAAGUUAUUUUACUGGAAACGGAUAAUUCAUCCAUAAAUUUGGGAUACGGUGAUGGAACAUUACGUAGGACACAACAACGUCGUCAGUAUCAAACUAAUCAAAUUAUUCAAGAACGUUAUUGGCAACAAUAUGUGGCCAGUGAUGCAUUUUACAUACAGUGUUUAACUAAAUGGGACAAAAUGAAUAAUAACAGUUCAACUCUAAUGCAAUACUGUUUGUUAGCAGAUCAAUUAUAUGAAUGUUAUGCAAAUUUCCAGCUUUACAAACUCAAGAUUUCAUUAAAAUCUACACCAUCAAUGUUACAACCACCUCCACAAUUAGUUCUAGCAUAUACUCAAUACAAACAACUAACUAAACUGUCUAAAUUAAACAUGGCAGAAUUAGAUAAUGUAACAACUGAUAUCAAUGUCGAGAUUUUUGUCGAUUUGGAAAAUGGCAUUAAUAAUUAUGAUGAUCGCCGUAAUCAAAUAACUUCUUCUGCUACAGUGCGCAUGCGUGCUAUAAUUAGUAUAGUUUCAUCAGAACAAACAGUAUCAGCAACACCAUUAACUACUGAGGCUACUGAAUAUAACAAUGAAAACAAAAUAUUACAAUUGGCUUCAGUAACUGGAAUAUUUCUACCAACUAGUAAUAAAAAUACCACCAAACCAAGUGAUAACAAUGCUACUUUAAAUAAAAAAUAUGUAGUAAGAAUUUUAAGUUCAAAAUUAUGCCGUUCGACUCCACAAGGAUCCAUGAUGUCACUUAUGUUAAAUGCUAUAACAGAUCAAUGUUUAGACACAACAAUGAUAGAUUUUGUAACAUAUGUUCGCCGAGUGCAACAGGCUGCCGUUCAAUCUUAUAAUUAUGACAGCAGUAAUAGUCAUAAAGAUAAACCUUCAUCUGAUGUCAGUGAUAAUUAUUCAAUGAAAUUAUUACUUGAAGCUCUUAACGAAGCAUUUUGUGAUAAUCCUUCUAAUGGCAAUUGUUUAUUAGAUUAUCAAAUAGACAAUGAUGAAACAUCUACUAAGAAUACCACAAGUUUUAUUCGAUUUUUGUUGAUUGAUGGAGACGUAGUCACUGAAACUACACAACUUAAAUACAUAUUAACUAUUGAAAACAAUAAAAAACUCCAAGAAAAAUUACAAAGUUCAUCAGAUUUGGAAAAUACUUAUCAAUUUGAUACUAAAGAAUCAGUUCCUAUUAUAGCAUUACGUUCUGUUUAUGAUGAUGAAAGUAGCGAUAAUUACUUGAAUAUUGAUAUCGAUGAUAUAAUUGAAACUGAUAAAAACCCUGUUAAAUAUAAUAGUGAGUUAGCUAAAAUUAUUAAAACUGCUACUAUAAAUGGCAUGCGAAAAUUGCGUAAAGACGUGUUAACACCAGUGUUGAAUCGAUAUAAUAAAGAAUGGACACCUACUGAUCCAUAUUUUUUGGCUUCUUCAAGUACGCCACCCCCAUAUCCUGCAAUACUAUAGAAUGCAAACUAAUAAAUGUUAAUCUCAUAUUUAUUAUUAUUAUUAUUUUUUUUUUAUAGUAGUUUAUGAAACUUUUUGUUAUGGUUAAGUUUUGAGUUCAAUUUAAUGGGUAAGAAACUAAUUAAAAACAAAUUUUAUUUUGUGCUAAGAUAAUAUUAUGUUUUUGUGUGUGUGUUAUUUAAUGUAAUGUAUUAGUCUAAUAAUGAAAUUAUUUUUAAUUUGUCCUAUAUUUGUUCAUGAACUUAUACAAGACUAUAUAAAAAAACUACUCAUUUAUUAUACAAAAGUUUAGAAAGUAAGAACAAUUUUUUGCAUUAUUUUAUAACUUUCUAACUUUUAUAUUAUAUUACUAUUAGACUAGAGAUUUUCAUUGAAUUAUUUUUAAGUAUCAAGAUUAUAAUUUAAAAUAUAUAUAUGAUAAUCAUAUAUGCAUGCUUUGUACAAAAUAAAUAUAUAUAUGUUUAUAUUUUAAAAUAUUUUUUAUUUUAAUUUUUAAUAACUUAAAGUAUAAUUUAAACGUUAUAAUAAUAAUAAGAUUAGUUUAAAUGAACUUUGAAAAUUAUUUUUCAAAUUGUCUUGGAUUUGGUCCAAAUUUGUAGGUUUUUACAUUUCAUUACAGACCAAAGUGUGCAGUUUUAUAAAAUUAAAAAGUGCGGACAAGACCAAAAAAAAAUAUUUAUGUACCUCAUAAUUAUUUAGGGAUUAGGAAAUAUCUGGUUUCUUUGAAUAUCUUGUAAUAUUUCAUUAAUUGUGAGAAAUAAAUACUUAUUUAUUUAAAUUUUCUAUUAUUGUAAUUAUAACUGUGAGACCUGUCUACAACAUUUUUUUGUUGAUACGGUCAGGUAUAAGUCAUUUAUAUACUUAUUUAAUUUUGCUAUAAUAUACUAGUUUUAAUAAGCUAA